UGAAGGCACUGAGGGCUUUCCGUGUGCUUCGUCCCCUGCGGCUGGUGUCUGGAGUCCCAAGUCUCCAGGUGGUCCUGAACUCCAUCAUCAAGGCCAUGGUGCCUCUGCUGCACAUCGCCCUGCUUGUGCUCUUCGUCAUCAUCAUUUACGCCAUUAUUGGCCUGGAGCUCUUCAUGGGAAAGAUGCACAAGACCUGCUACAACCAGGAGGGCAUAAUAGAUGUACCAGCAGAAGAGGACCCUUCCCCUUGUGCUUUGGAGACAGGCCACGGGCGACAGUGUCAGAACGGGACCGUGUGCAAGCCCGGGUGGGAUGGGCCCAAGCAUGGCAUCACCAACUUCGACAACUUCGCCUUCGCUAUGCUGACAGUGUUCCAGUGCAUCACCAUGGAGGGCUGGACAGACGUGCUGUACUGGAUGCAAGACGCUAUGGGCUAUGAGUUGCCCUGGGUGUAUUUUGUCAGUCUGGUCAUCUUUGGAUCCUUUUUCGUUCUAAAUCUGGUUCUCGGUGUUUUGAGCGGAGAGUUUUCCAAAGAGAGGGAGAAGGCCAAAGCCCGGGGGGAUUUCCAGAAGCUUCGAGAGAAGCAGCAGCUUGAAGAAGAUCUCAAAGGCUACCUGGACUGGAUCACACAGGCAGAAGACAUCGACCCCGAGAACGAGGAUGAGGGCAUGGACGAGGAGAAGCCCCGCAACAGAAGCGUUCCAGCGGGCUUGCUUGAUCAGAAGAAAGGGAAGUUUGCUUGGUUUAGUCACUCUACAGAAACCCAUGUGAGCAUGCCCACGAGUGAGACCGAGUCCGUCAACACUGAAAAUGUGGCUGGAGGUGACAUCGAGGGCGAAAACUGUGGAGCCAGACUUGCGCACUGGAUCUCCAAAUCCAAGUUCAGCCGCUACUGGCGCAGGUGGAACAGGUUCUGCAGAAGGAAGUGUCGCGCGGCCGUUAAAUCCGACAUCUUCUACUGGCUCGUGAUCUUCCUGGUGUUCCUCAACACGCUCACCAUUGCCUCCGAACAUUACAACCAGCCCCACUGGCUCACAGAAGUGCAAGACACAGCCAAUAAGGCCCUCCUGGCCCUUUUCACUGCGGAAAUGCUUCUGAAGAUGUACAGCCUGGGUCUGCAGGCCUACUUUGUAUCCCUCUUCAACCGCUUUGACUGUUUCAUCGUGUGUGGGGGCAUCCUGGAGACCAUCCUGGUGGAGACCAAGAUCAUGUCGCCCCUGGGCAUCUCUGUGCUGAGAUGUGUGCGGUUGCUCAGGAUCUUCAAGAUCACCAGGUACUGGAACUCCUUGAGCAACCUGGUGGCCUCCCUGCUGAACUCAGUGCGCUCCAUCGCCUCCCUGCUGCUGCUCCUCUUCCUCUUCAUCAUCAUCUUCUCCCUCCUGGGCAUGCAGCUGUUUGGAGGGAAGUUCAACUUCGAUGAAAUGCAGACACGAAGGAGCACGUUCGAUAACUUCCCGCAGUCUCUCCUCACUGUGUUUCAGAUCCUGACCGGGGAGGACUGGAAUUCGGUGAUGUAUGAUGGGAUCAUGGCUUAUGGCGGCCCCUCUUUUCCAGGGAUGUUAGUCUGUAUUUACUUCAUCAUCCUCUUCAUCUGUGGAAAUUAUAUCCUACUGAAUGUGUUCUUGGCCAUUGCGGUGGACAACCUGGCUGACGCUGAGAGCCUGACCUCUGCCCAAAAGGAAGAAGAAGAAGAGAAGGAGAGAAAGAAGCUAGCCAGGACUGCCAGCCCAGAAAAGAAACAGGAGGUGAUGGAGAAGCCAGCCGUGGAGGAGACCAAAGAGGAGAAAAUUGAGCUGAAGUCAAUUACUGCAGACGGAGAGUCGCCGCCCACUACCAAGAUCAACAUGGAUGACCUCCAGCCCAGUGAAAAUGAGGAUAAGAGUCCCCAUUCCAACCCAGACACUGCAGGGGAAGAAGAGGAGGAGGAGCCUGAGAUGCCUGUGGGGCCACGCCCCCGGCCCCUGUCUGAGCUGCACCUUAAGGAAAAGGCAGUGCCCAUGCCGGAAGCCAGCGCAUUUUUCAUCUUCAGCCCAAACAACAGGUUCCGCCUGCAGUGCCACCGCAUUGUGAACGACACGAUCUUCACCAACCUCAUCCUCUUCUUCAUUCUGCUCAGCAGCAUCUCUCUGGCUGCUGAGGACCCCGUCCAGCACACCUCCUUCAGGAACCAUAUCCUAGGCAAUGCAGACUAUGUCUUCACUAGUAUCUUUACAUUAGAAAUUAUCCUUAAGAUGACUGCUUACGGGGCCUUCCUGCACAAGGGCUCUUUCUGCCGAAACUACUUCAACAUCCUGGACCUGCUGGUGGUUAGCGUGUCCCUCAUCUCCUUUGGCAUCCAGUCCAGCGCAAUCAACGUUGUGAAGAUUUUACGAGUGCUGCGAGUCCUCAGGCCCCUCAGGGCCAUCAACAGGGCCAAGGGGCUAAAGCACGUGGUUCAGUGUGUGUUCGUUGCCAUCCGGACCAUCGGGAACAUUGUCAUUGUCACCACUCUGCUGCAGUUCAUGUUCGCCUGCAUUGGAGUUCAGCUUUUCAAGGGAAAGCUCUAUACCUGUUCUGAUAGUUCCAAACAGACAGAGGCAGAAUGCAAGGGUAACUAUAUCACGUACAAAGACGGAGAGGUUGACCACCCCAUUAUCCAGCCUCGAAGCUGGGAGAAUAGCAAGUUUGACUUUGACAAUGUUCUGGCAGCCAUGAUGGCCCUGUUCACCGUCUCCACCUUUGAGGGGUGGCCAGAGCUGCUGUACCGCUCCAUCGACUCCCACACAGAAGACAAGGGCCCCAUCUACAACUACCGUGUGGAGAUCUCCAUCUUCUUCAUCAUCUACAUCAUCAUCAUCGCCUUCUUCAUGAUGAACAUCUUCGUGGGUUUCGUCAUUGUCACCUUCCAGGAGCAGGGGGAACAAGAGUAUAAGAACUGUGAGCUGGACAAGAACCAGAGACAAUGUGUGGAAUAUGCCCUUAAGGCCCGACCCUUGCGAAGGUAUAUCCCCAAGAACCAACACCAGUACAAAGUGUGGUACGUGGUCAACUCUACCUACUUCGAGUACCUGAUGUUCGUCCUUAUCCUGCUCAACACCAUCUGCCUGGCCAUGCAGCAUUAUGGUCAGAGCUGCCUCUUCAAAAUCGCCAUGAACAUACUCAACAUGCUUUUCACUGGCCUCUUCACGGUGGAGAUGAUCCUGAAGCUCAUUGCCUUCAAACCCAAGCACUAUUUCUGUGAUGCAUGGAAUACAUUUGACGCCUUGAUUGUUGUGGGUAGCAUUGUUGAUAUAGCAAUCACCGAGGUACACCCAGCUGAACAUACCCAAUGCUCUCCCUCUAUGAGUGCAGAGGAGAACUCCCGCAUCUCCAUCACCUUCUUCCGCCUCUUCCGGGUCAUGCGCCUGGUGAAGCUGCUGAGCCGUGGGGAAGGCAUCCGGACCCUGCUGUGGACAUUCAUCAAGUCAUUCCAGGCCCUGCCCUAUGUGGCCCUUUUGAUUGUGAUGCUCUUCUUUAUCUAUGCGGUGAUUGGAAUGCAGGUGUUUGGGAAGAUCGCCCUGAAUGACACCACAGAGAUCAAUCGGAACAACAACUUCCAGACUUUCCCCCAGGCCGUGCUGCUGCUGUUCAGGUGUGCCACUGGGGAGGCCUGGCAGGAUAUCAUGCUGGCCUGUAUGCCAGGCAAGAAGUGUGCCCCAGAGUCUGAGCCCAGCAACAGCACAGAAGGGGAGACCCCCUGUGGCAGCAGCUUUGCCGUCUUCUACUUCAUCAGCUUCUACAUGCUCUGUGCCUUCCUGAUCAUCAACCUCUUCGUAGCUGUUAUCAUGGACAACUUUGACUACCUGACAAGGGAUUGGUCAAUCCUUGGUCCCCAUCACCUGGAUGAAUUCAAGAGAAUAUGGGCCGAGUAUGACCCCGAAGCCAAGGGUCGGAUCAAACACCUGGAUGUGGUGACUCUCCUCCGGCGAAUUCAGCCUCCUUUGGGUUUUGGGAAGUUGUGUCCCCACCGUGUGGCCUGCAAACGCCUGGUGUCCAUGAACAUGCCUCUGAACAGCGAUGGGACAGUCAUGUUCAACGCUACGCUCUUUGCCCUAGUCAGGACAGCCUUGAGGAUCAAAACAGAAGGGAACCUAGAACAAGCCAAUGAGGAGCUGCGGGCCAUCAUCAAGAAAAUCUGGAAGAGGACCAGCAUGAAGCUGUUGGACCAGGUGGUGCCCCCUGCGGGUGAUGACGAGGUCACAGUGGGCAAGUUUUACGCCACCUUCCUGAUCCAAGAGUACUUCCGAAAAUUCAAGAAGCGAAAAGAGCAAGGGCUGGUGGGCAAGCCGUCACAGAGGAAUGCACUGUCUCUGCAGGCUGGCUUACGCACGUUGCAUGACAUUGGUCCUGAGAUCCGGCGUGCCAUCUCUGGGGACCUGACGGCUGAGGAGGAGUUGGACAAGGCUAUGAAGGAGGCUGUGUCUGCUGCCUCCGAAGAUGACAUCUUCAGGAGGGCUGGAGGCCUGUUUGGCAACCAUGUCAGCUACUAUCAAAGUGACAGCAGGAGCAACUUUCCUCAGACCUUCACUACCCAGCGCCCACUGCACAUCAACAAGACGGGAAACAACCAAGGUGACACGGAGUCACCAUCCCACGAGAAGCUGGUGGACUCUACUUUCACCCCCAGCAGCUACUCCUCCACGGGCUCCAAUGCCAACAUCAACAACGCCAACAACACUGCCCUGGGCCGUUUCCCCCAUCCCACUGGCUACUCAAGCACCGUCAGCACUGUGGAGGGCCAUGGGCCUCCCUUGUCCCCCGCUGUCCGGGUACACGAGGCAGCAUGGAAGCUCAGCUCUAAGAGGGACCACUCCCGUGCGAGCCAGGGGGCCACCGUGAGUCAGGAGAUGUUUCCAGAUGAGACCUGCAGUGUGAGGAUGGGGGAAGACGCUGAGUACUGCAGUGAGCCCAGCCUGCUCUCCACAGAUAUACUCUCCUACCAGGACGAUGAAAACCGACAACUGACAUCUCCAGAGGAGGGCAAGAGGGAGCUCCGGCAGUCUCCAAAGAGGGGUUUCCUUCGCUCGGCCUCUCUAGGUCGAAGGGCCUCCUUCCAUCUGGAGUGUCUAAAGCGACAAAAGGAUCAAGGAGGAGACAUCUCUCAGAAGACAGCCUUGCCCUUGCAUCUGGUCCAUCAUCAGGCAUUGGCAGUGGCAGGCUUGAGCCCCCUCCUGCAGAGAAGCCAUUCUCCUACCACAUUCCCCAGGCCUUGCCCCACACCCCCUGUCACUCCAGGCAGCCGGGGCAGGCCCCUACAGCCCAUCCCCACCCUACGGCUGGAGGGGGCCGAGUCCAGCGAGAAACUCAACAGCAGCUUCCCAUCCAUCCACUGCAGCUCCUGGUCAGAGGAGAGCCCAGCCUGUAGUGGGGGCAGCAGCAUGGCCCGGAGAGCCCGGCCUGUCUCCCUCACGGUGCCCAGCCAGGCUGGAGCUCCAGGGAGACAAUUCCACGGCAGCGCCAGCAGCCUGGUAGAGGCGGUCUUGAUUUCCGAAGGACUGGGACAGUUUGCCCAAGAUCCCAAGUUCAUUGAGGUCACCACCCAGGAGCUGGCUGACGCCUGCGACAUGACAAUAGAGGAGAUGGAGAAUGCCGCAGACAACAUCCUCAGUGGGGGCGCCCAGCAGAGCCCCAACGGCACCCUCUUACCUUUUGUGAACUGCAGGGACCCGGGGCAGGACAGGGCUGUGGUCCCAGAGGACGAGAGCUGCGCAUACGCCCUGGGGCGAGGCCGGAGCGAGGAGGCACUCCCGGACAGCAGGGCCUACGUCAGCAACCUGUAGUCCGCGGGGCUGGCGAGACGCGGGUGUUUUUUUUUUUUUUUUUUGGUUUUGUUUUUGGUUUGUUUUUUGUUUUUUUUUUCGUUUCAAUGUUCCUAAUGGGUUCGUUUCAGAAGUGCCUCACUGUUCUCGUGACCUGGAGGUAACCGGAACAGCGUCUCCAUUCACUGCUGUCGGGACAAGCCUCAGAGCUGGGCGGUGUGCGGAGUCGGCUUUUCUGGGGAGAGAAGGCCAAGGCCGCGGUGCGGGGCUCCAGCACCUCCCCGCGGCAGCACCGCCCAAAGGACCCCACCCCCCUGAGCGAAAGGGUGUUUCCCCCCUUGCUUGUAUAAACAGACAUUUGCACUCGUUCUGUCUGAGCCUGGCCGUCUCUAUGGAGCAGGGCCCCAGGGAUCUAUGGCGGGAAUGGGCCAGCACCCCCUGCAGGGGCCGGGGAGGCGGCUCCAAGGUUCCCAGCGCUGCAGGUCCGGUCCCUUCAGGAUCCUCCUGCCCCUGCAGGAGCCGGGGUGCAGGCGGUGGAGCCGGCGCAGACCACACCGCAGGCCCUCGGCUAGCCAGGCCCGGGGCGCAGGGGCUGCCUAGUGCUCUGGGUUUCCUGCUUUGGUGGUUCCCGUCAGCCUGUUGAUGCGGUUUUCCUGGGUUGUUGGUCUCUUUAUUAGUGUUUGUCGUGCUUUCCCCACGGGGAGGGGAGGAAGAAGAGCGUUUACAACUGCGCAGCCUCACUCACUGUUUCCACAUUUGCGAAUUUAAGUCGGAUUUGGUUUCUUAUUUGCUUUUAACCGGUGCGGUUCCCCCAGCCACCGUCCAUGGAGCGAGGGUUCAGUAGCACCACAGGGGGUUUUUACCUGCUCUGUGUCUGCCCAGUAACGUGUUACAAUUUCCUUAAGAGCAACUUUUUUCUUUCUUUCUUUCUUUCUGGUGUGGUCGAUCAUCACAAAUCCGCAGGUUAACCAGCAAUCGGAUGAGGUGUUGUGCGCCUGGGUGGUUGAGUUGGGCUCCUUUCUAUGCUGGGCGUACGGGUAGGUUCAGGAGAGAAGAAAUAUGGGCAUCUUUGCGUCACACUUGUGUCCAUAGUGGGUCGUCUGUGCGUACGUGCGCCCACGUGUGUGUGCGCAAUCCACCCCACUCUCACCCCUACCCCACCCCACUACUUCAC